GGUCCCGACUGGGCCCUCCCGCCGGGGCGGCUCCAGCGGCUCCGGCUCCAGCUCCACAAGUUCCUGCUGCCCGUGCCCCGGGAGCGUGCACGAGGCUGGCCCGGCCGUCGGGGGCGCCGGGCGGGAGCAGCGGGAGCGGCAGCGGGAGCGGAGCCGGGAGGGGCGGGAGGAGGGCUGUCGUGCGGGAGCCGCCGAUGCCGCUGUGAGAUGGCAUCAUUCUGCGCGGCGGCGGCGGCGGAGCGCGGCGCGGAGGGGUGAGGAGCCGCCGCGGCGGCGAGGAAGCGAAGAAGAAGAAGAAGAGAGAGGUGGAAGGAAGGAGAAGGAGGCGGCAGCAGCUGUGAGGCUGCGAGCCACGGCUGAAGCCUAAACCUCUGACAUGGCCACAGCCUCACCAAGAUCUGAUACAAGUCACAACUGUAAUGGAAGAUUACAGAUGCAAGUAACAGUUUCUAGUGCCAAACUGAAACGGAAAAAGAAUUGGUUUGGAACAACUUUCUACACGGAAUUAACUGCAGAUGGAGAAAUUAAGAAAACAGCAAAAUCAAGUAGUUCUUCAAAUCCCAAAUGGGAUGAGCAGCUGACAGUGCAUGUGACUCCACAGACUACGCUGGAAUUUAGAGUGUGGAGCCACCACACUUUAAAAGCAGAUGCUUUAUUAGGAAGAGCCACUGUAGACUUGAGACAAGCUUUGGAAGCACACAAUAGAAAAUUGGAGAAGGUGAAAGAACAACUGAAACUCUCUUUGGAAAACAAGAGUGGCAUGGUGCAAACAGGUGAACUGACUGUUGUGCUAGAUGGUUUGGUUGUUGAACAAGAAUCUCUUACAAAUCUCAGUUCAUCAGCAACCAUAGAAGUUCAGCAAAAUGGCGAGGCUGUACAUGAAAGCAGAGAUGCUUCAGCAAGAAGUUCAUCCAGAUCUGCUUGUGACAUUUCUAAUGGGAUAGACAAUCAAGUACCUUCCAGCUCUGUAAUACAGAAUACGUCCUGUGUAGAAGCUGUUAAUGGAGACAGCACACCAUCUCCUAAUCAUGUUGCAGCCAGACCCAAAAAUACUCCAGUACCAAAACCACUCGAAGCUCAGCCUGUCAACAGCACUGUUAAUGGUGAGUCAUCUGCCUCUGCACCUGAAGCUGGCAGUUCCUCUGUCUCUGAGGCUCCGACGGGUUCAGUCGAAGCUCCUGUGUCUUCAGCAGAUUGCACUAAUGAUACAGCAGAACCUCAGUCAGCAGCAGAAGCAGCUGGUUGUUCUGAAAGCCACACUUCUGCAUUACCUGUUGUGUCUGCUGGACUAGAACCUGCAGCUGCAACAGAGUGUGCUCAGCCUAAUGCUCGAAGCAGCACAGCAGCAGAUGCGGCAAAGCCGAGGGAAUCCUCCUCCACACCAAGUGCGUCUGCAGAACCCGUAAGACAGCAGCCUGGUACUGCCAGUACAGAACCUUUGCCACCUGGGUGGGAGCAAAGAAAGGAUCCUCAUGGUAGAACCUAUUAUGUUGAUCACAAUACACGAACUACAACAUGGGAAAGACCACAGCCCUUACCUCCUGGCUGGGAAAGGAGAGUUGACGAUCGUGGGAGAGUUUACUAUGUGGACCACAACACCAGAACGACAACGUGGCAGCGACCAACGAUGGAGUCAGUGAGGAACUUUGAGCAAUGGCAAUCGCAACGGAAUCAACUGCAGGGAGCUAUGCAACAGUUCAACCAACGAUACCUCUAUUCGGCUUCGAUGUUGUCAGCAGAAAAUGAUCCUCUUGGGCCGUUACCACCAGGCUGGGAAAGAAGAGUGGAUUCAAAUGAUAGGGUGUAUUUUGUAAAUCAUAACACAAAGACAACACAGUGGGAGGACCCUCGAACUCAAGGUUUACAAAAUGAGGACCCUCUUCCAGAGGGCUGGGAAAUCAGAUAUACCAGGGAAGGUGUCAGAUACUUUGUUGAUCACAAUACGAGAACCACCACCUUCAAUGAUCCUCGUACUGGGAAAUCUUCUGUAAAUAAAGGGCCACAGAUUGCUUAUGAGCGUAGCUUUAGGUGGAAACUUGCUCAUUUCCGUUACUUGUGUCAGUCCAAUGCACUGCCAAGUCACGUGAAAAUCAAUGUAUCCAGACAGACUUUGUUUGAGGAUUCCUUCCAGCAAAUUAUGGCACUAAAACCCUAUGAUUUGAGGAGAAGAUUAUAUGUUAUAUUUAGAGGAGAAGAAGGAUUGGAUUAUGGUGGCUUGGCAAGAGAAUGGUUUUUCUUGCUUUCCCAUGAAGUACUGAACCCUAUGUACUGCCUAUUUGAAUAUGCUGGCAAGAGCAACUAUUGCCUGCAGAUAAAUCCAGCAUCAACAAUCAAUCCUGACCAUCUUUCAUAUUUCUGUUUCAUUGGGCGCUUUAUUGCCAUGGCAUUGUUUCAUGGGAAAUUUAUUGACACUGGUUUUUCUCUGCCUUUCUACAAACGAAUGCUGAGCAAAAAGCUUACUAUUAAAGACCUGGAAUCUAUUGAUACUGAAUUUUACAACUCCCUAAUUUGGAUAAGGGAUAAUAACAUUGAGGAGUGUAACUUGGAAAUGUACUUCUGUGUGGAUAUGGAGCUCUUAGGAAAAGUAACCUCACAUGAACUGAAAUCAGGAGGUUCAAAUAUCUUGGUAACUGAGGAGAACAAAGAAGAAUAUAUUGGGCUAAUGGCAGAGUGGCGAUUUUCUCGGGGAGUUAGAGAACAAACCAAAGCUUUUCUUGAUGGUUUUAAUGAAGUAGUUCCUCUACAAUGGCUGCAUUAUUUUGAUGAAAAGGAACUAGAGGUUAUGCUCUGUGGUAUGCAAGAAGUAGAUUUAGCAGACUGGCAGAGGAACACUGUUUAUCGUCAUUACACGAGGAAUAGCAAGCAAAUCAUAUGGUUCUGGCAGUUUGUAAAAGAAACAGACAACGAGGUUCGCAUGCGACUUCUGCAGUUUGUCACUGGCACUUGCAGAUUACCACUGGGUGGAUUUGCUGAACUUAUGGGAAGUAAUGGUCCUCAGAAAUUCUGCAUUGAAAAAGUUGGUAAGGAAACCUGGUUACCAAGAAGUCACACUUGUUUUAAUCGUUUGGAUUUGCCACCGUACAAAAGCUAUGAACAACUAAAAGAGAAGUUGCUCUUUGCCAUUGAAGAAACGGAGGGAUUUGGACAAGAGUAGAAGUGACUUCUAGUCAAAAAGGAUAUCUUGAAUAAUAAAAGGCCCAGCCAACUAAAAUUGCACACUUAAUUGUAUAUAAGCUUUUGUUCUGUACAGUGAUCUUUCUGGAACUCUAAAAGUUUAAUUGUUCUCCGUUCUUCCACAAAUAUAUGCAAAACAGUUCAGCCUUUUCUACUUUUAUUUAUUGCCCUUUCAAAAGACCAGAAAAACCCCUCCAUAAAUUUUGAAAGCAGACAAGAGACUUAUUUAAAAUAUAUAUAUAUAUAAAAAUAUAAAUAUAUAUACUAAUGGGCUCUAGUUUUAUAGAGCUUUAAGUGUAUGAAAAGUUGCAGCCAUUCAAAAGGGCCUGGAUUUGCUUUAUCUUGGCUUUAUCAUUCAAAAAAUGUUUAAACUGCUCAGUGUUCUCUAAAGAAACAUCUCCAAGUUUGUUUUACUGCAUGGCUGUUCUAAAAGGUGUUAAAGGCUUAGGCCAAACGUAUCCUAAAUAUGUAGAAAGAUGCUGCUGGUAUUUGAGACGACAGAAUCUGUUCUUCUGUCAGUUUAAUUUUUUUAAAUACAUAAAUAGCUGAUAUAUCCCUCUCUACUGAUGUAGCCAAGGUCAUGAAUAAAGCCUUUACUACUUGCACAAGUCAUGUACAAUGAGAUGAAUGUGAUUUAAUGUUGAAAGGAAUUGGUGCCACUGUUCUGACUUACUGCAGGAGCUGAACAGAGUAUUUUAAUUCAUUUGAGCAGCAUUGAAAUUUGUUUACAUAGUACCUUGGGUUAUUACCACGAGGAUGUUAGGUAAUCUUCAAAGAAAAAAUAAUAAAAGAGAAAAUAUUACCCAAAUUCUCUUCUUGGUCUGGUGUCUUGCAGGUUUGUUUUUUUUUAAUUUGGUUUUGUUUUGUUUGGUUUCCCUUUUCAAUCUGUGAUGUCCUUUUUAUAACUUUGUAGAGUUAUAUUAAUGUAAACUGAGCUAUAAGGGUAUACAAAAGGUAAUGUGAAUUUUGCUGCUUUCUGUGUUCUUGUUCAGUUUCAGAUACUGGAUCUAGUAAACUCAAAUAAAAUGAAAGUUACUUAAGCUUUGCACAGAUAAAAAUAUUAUUUAGUAUUAAAUACUCUCAUUUCUCUAAAAUUCUUACUGAAAUUUAGAUGUAUUUGAAUAAAGUACAUCUAAAACCUGU